AUGAUGAUGCAGCAAGCCACCGCCCUAGCUGCUGCCUCGCAUGGCAUUGACUUGGUGGCCCUGGAAGGCCAAGUGAGAAAGGCGAAGGCCGAGGGUCGAACUGUCACUGCAGUAAAUGGAUGUAUAUAUAUUGACUAUCAGCUGGUUGCGCGAAUACCUCCUGGUAUCGAAUUUCGAACUGCGCAUAAAAUUAAUUUUGUGAGCAGAAGCAGUUUGAGUGGAAAGAUAGUUUGCCUUUCCAAGGAAGCAAAACGUCAUCAACUUAUUUAA